CCCAAGGCAAAUGAUAGAGAGGAACAAUCAAGCAUGGAUCUUAUAGUUUCACCAAAUGCUCCUCCACAUGUUUUGUAUAGUGAAGAAAGUUCAGACGGUUCAGAUAAUCAAGAAUUCAGUUUCUCAGAUGAUGACCUUGAUGAUGAAAAGGAAUGUAAUGACUCAUUCUAUAAAGAAAGUAAUAUGGAGGACACUUUGUCACCUACACAAGCAUCCAUUUAUGGAAAGAAUGGAGCAGCAGAGAACACAAACAUGUCUUCCGCUGCCAGGUCAAAUCUGAAUGAAAAAACUACCUCUAUUAACUCUAAUGGCACUGAAAAUGAAGAUAACUGUGAAAAGUGUGAGCAAUCUAGGAACAGCAUAAAGUUGGAAGAUGACACAAUCGCACAUAUAGGCAGUGGGCAUUCAGUUUUGUCUCCUGUUUCUGAGAUACCAGAAGAGGCCUCUGAUCCAGUCAAACUGGAAAAUAACACAGAGAUAAAUGAUAGUGUUAAGCCACCAGAAAUAAAAAGCAACACAGAAUGUAAACCUCUGCAAUCCCUUAAGCCCCCAAUUUUAAGUGCUAGACAUUUGACAAAUGUAUGCAAAGAGGACCAGAACUCAGACUUAUCUGAUGAUGAACUAUUUGAAAAUAAUUUUCUGUAUAACAGAAGUAUGAGAAAGGCCUCAGGACCUGGAAGAAUAGAUAUAGAUAAUUUCACUAGACUCAGAUGCAAUAUGCCAAUUGUCAGUAUUCCACAACCUACUGAGGUACCACAAAACAAUGACCUACCCAAGCCACAGUGUGAAAGCAAUGACAUGAAGAGCAAUAAAAAUGUAGAGGGCAAAGGGUUAAAAGACAGGUUGUCUUGGGCUCAUAAAUCUUUCUCCAGUCUUUUCGAUUUUAAAAAUCUAGAAAAAGAAAAUGUAACUCAACAAACAGAGCCUGACAGCAAAGAAGAAAAGAAAAAGAUCAGAGCUCAUCAAAUGUCUUGGAGAGCACUACGAAAAAACAAGGAAAGAGAUUCGCUCAAAAGACUUAGUGUGCUAAAUUUGUCAACACAUGCCAUUAGCCCAAACCAGCCAAGGAAACCUUCUACAGAGAAGUUGGAACCUGGGACUGAAAACUCAUCAGUGGUUCCAGACCUGCUUAGUAGCUCUCCUGCUGAGGUAAAGGAGAUUAACUGCACAGAAUCUAACAGUGACAAAGGUACAACCACAGACUCAAAAAACCUUAGAACUGAUGAUGUAGAUAAUAGAAGCCCUCAGAAGUGUGGGGCAAAUGCAAGGACUUCAUUUGAUCAGGCUAUAAGCUCCUCAACAGUUAACACAAAUGAACAGUCUUUAAUGGGCAAGCAUUCACCCACUAUGUCUUAUUCUAACAUAUUCUUAAGUUCUGAUCUAAACUCCAUGCCUUGUCGACCCAUGAGCCCAAAACCACAGAGCCAAUGGCCUACUUAUCAACGUAAAAGUUUGCGUAAUUCCAGGGCCAGUGCUACCUCUAUGUCUUCUCUUGGAAACUGCUCUCCAUUGGAAGGUUAUUUGGACUCAAAAGAAGCAUCCACAGGGUUUAAGCCUUGGCAAGUAAGCUCUUUGGAAAAUGAGUUACAAAAGGAGGACAGUGGCAUCAGCAGCCAGUCUCAGGCUAGCAUAUAUACUGCUUCUUCAACAAGUGAUAUACUACGUGAUGAAGAUAAUAGACCAACUCAAACAACAGCUAUAAAGAUGCCAAGAGAGAAAAUACUCCAGAAGAAGAAGACCUCUGAGAUGCUGGUUUUCACUUUCCCAAACACCGACACAACCAAUAAAGCAUCCACAAUACCCCUGCUGGCCUCUGCUGGAUGCAGGAAGGACUCAGAGAAAAGAAAGCCUCACUCCACACUCUUCAGAAGCUUCAGCUGUGAUGACCUAUGGGUAAAUCAGACAAAGCAGUCAAUGAAUGUAAACAAGUCAGGAAUCUCUAUUCCAGCACAAAGCCCAAUGAAGAACACACAAGUAAGAAUAAAUAGAAGCAAGUCCACCAUACCAUAUGAAAUAUUUCGCUUCCUCCCAUUGAGGCUACACUCCUUUUCCCAGAGCACACCAACCAGGCUAGAUCUUGUGGGUUGUGGCAGACGAGUUAUAUUUCCGGUGAUUACAGAUGGCUCCCUGGACAGACCAUCUCUCAUGGAUGACUUGGGAAGUGAUGAGGAUCUCUAUGAAGAUUUACAUGUUUCCAGCCACCGGUUUGGUGGAGGGGGAGAGCAGCUGGCAAUAAAUGAGCUGAUCAGUGAUGGCAACGUGGUGUAUGCAGAAGCACUGUGGGACCAUGUCACUAUGGAUGACCAGGAGCUUGGCUUCAAGGCUGGAAGUGUCAUUGAAGUGAUGGAUGCCACAAACAAAGAGUGGUGGUGGGGGAGGAUCCAAGACAGUGAAGGAUGGUUCCCUGCAAGCUUUGUACGACUCCGCGUGAACCAGGAUGAACUGCUAGAUGAGUAUUCCAGUAAGCCUGGAGACAAGGAACAGUAUCCCAGGAAUGUCUUGCGGCGUCACGGUUUUGGCCCAACAAACAAGGACCAAAUGAGAACCAAUGUUAUAAACGAGAUCUUGAACACCGAGAAGGACUACAUCAAGCAUCUGAAGGACAUUUGUGAGGGUUACAUCAAGCAGUGUCGUAAAAGAGCGGACAUGUUCACAGAGGAGCAGCUGUGGACUAUUUUUGGGAACAUCGAAGACAUCUACAAGUUCCAGAAGAAAUUUCUGAAGACUCUGGAAAAACGAAUUAACAAGGAGUCUCCGCAUUUGAGUGAGAUUGGUUCCUGCUUUCUGCAGUAUCAAACCGAUUUUCAGAUCUACUCAGAGUACUGCAACAACCAUCCGAACGCUUGCACGGAACUUUCCAAACUCUGUAAAGUGAAGAAGUAUGGCUAUUUCUUUGAGACAUGUCGCCUAGUACAGAAGAUGAUAGAUAUAUCUCUGGAUGGAUUCCUACUGACACCAGUGCAGAAAAUCUGCAAAUAUCCCUUACAGCUGGCCGAGCUUCUCAAGUAUACAAACCCCCAGCACAGGGAUUUUGCAGAUGUGGAAGCAGCACUGAAUGCCAUGAAAAAUGUGGCUAAACUGAUCAAUGAGCGGAAGAGAAGAUUAGAAAACAUUGAUAAGAUAGCCCACUGGCAGAGUGCUAUAGAAGACUGGGAGGGGGAAGACAUUCUGACAAGUAGCUCGGAACUCAUCCACUCUGGAGAAUUAACCAAGAUCUCACAGCUGCAAUCAAAGGGGCAACAGCGAAUAUUCUUUCUUUUUGAUCAUCAGAUUGUCUACUGCAAAAAGGACAUUCUGAGACGGGAUAUUUUAUAUUAUAAAGGAAAGAUCAACAUGGAUGACAUGGAAGUCAUUAACGUGGAGGAUGGUAAAGACAAGGACUUCAACAUUACUGUGAAAAAUGCAUUUAAGCUGCAGAGUAAAGUCUCUGAUGAGGUUCACCUUUUCCUGGCAAAGAAACCCGAACAGAAGCAGCGCUGGCUGCAGGCUUUCGAAGAAGAGAAGAAGCAAGUACUUCAAGAUCAGCAGACAGGUUUCAGCAUCAGUGAAAUUCAGAGGAAACAAGCAAUGAUUAAUGCCCACAAACCACACCCUGCAGGAAAGCCAAAAGCCAUUAAUCGGACAUACUAUGAUUUCUGGAUGAGGCAAAAGCAUCCCACGUUGCCCGCCAACCUCCCCCAGCAACAAGUCUUCAUGCUUGCUGAACCCAAGCGCAAACCCUCCAACUUCUGGCAGAACAUCAGCCGGCUGACUCCUUUCCGAAAAUAAAAAGCAGCUUUGUGUUCUGCUCUUGCCUCCUGUACAAAGAAAGCACUUUACUCACAGAUGACAAGAAGUGCCCGUGCCUGGGACUCCUACUUUUCCUCUUACAGGGCAUGGUGCUGGCUGGUACAUUACAGUAUAUUUAUUUUUUAAAAAGAGUUGGACAUAUUUUCCAUGUUUUGCUCUUGCUGCCGCCUCUGCCCAGGUCAAGUGGCCCAUCCGGAAGUGUUGUAGUUUUUUUGCUGUUCAUGUAAUAGACUGUAUGUUUGUUUGUUUUUACACUGUUUACCGACAUAAUCUUUUAUAAACUACUACUGACAAUAUACAAUGGAUACCUAGGUUAAAAUUGCUGUAGCAGGCCUCAGAGUUUCAGGACAGUCUGU